AUGAUAUGUGUAGAUUUAUUGCCAAUAAAUACUGUUGAACAUGAGGGCUUAAAAAAAUUAAUUAAUGUCAUUGAGCCGAAUUACAAGAUAUCCUGUAGGAAAACAAUUCAAACUCGUAUACAAGCAUUAUAUUCAGAGAAAUUAGAUUCAAUUAAAGCUAAACUGUUGUCAAUCGAGUCAGUGGGCUAAAGUACAGACUGCUGGACCUCUGGAAGUAUAGAUUCAUACAUGACUGUCACUGGCCAUUACUUAGACGAUAAAUGGAAAUUACAUCUCCUUAAUAUUUCAACUUUUGAACUUACCCUAAGUCAUACAUCUGAAAAUUUAUCAGAAUCAAUUGAAACUUUAAUAUCUGAUUGGGGUUUAGAAAAUAAGGUUUCAGGAGUCAGUCAUGACAAUGCUCUUAAUAUAACUAAUGCAGUCCAGUUAUUAUCUUCAAGACACAUAAUGAGUAAUCCAUGUGCAGCUCAUACAAUUCAAUUAUCCGUAAAAAAAGGUUUAGAUAUAUCUACAUCCGCGUCAAUAGUAAAAAGAGCCUCAGCUAUUGUUAGUUCAUUUAAGCAUUCUUAUAAAAGAACAUACGAAUUGGAAAAUAUUUUAGAGCAACAAGGAAAACAAAAACUAAGUUUGAUACAAAGUUGUCCCACUAGAUGGGACUCGACUAUGUUUAUGUUAGAAAGACUUAUAGAACUUCGGUCAGCAAUCGUAUCAGUAAUGGCAGAUCGUAAAUACUUUACAUGGCAACAAGCUCAAAAACUAGAAUUUAUAGAAGAAGAUUGGGAUAAUUGUAAUGAACUAUACAAUUUGUUAAAACCGUUACAUUUAGCGACAACCGUGUUAUGUGCAGAUAAAACUGUAACAAUAUCAUUGAUAAGGCCAAUAAUAAAUGGCCUAAUUUCCAAGCAUCUUGUGGUAAACGAGAAUGAUAGUGCCUUAGCCACACAUUUUAAAAAUGCAGUGGUAGAAGAUCUCUCUGUAAGAUUCGGUAUCGCAGAUUAUACCUCAAAUUAUUCAAUAACUAUUGCACAAAUGGCUUGUGUAUUAGAUCCCCGUUAUACAAAUUUAAACUUCGAAAGCGUUUCUAUACAAAAUAUAAUUAAAAAUAAAGUCCGGUCUAUAAUAGACGUCCAGUACUCUGAGGUCAAUACUCAAAAUCAAAAUGAUAACAAUUCAAAUACUUACACGGCUUUAGAUACUUUACUUGGGUCAUCAUUUGAAAAAAAAGAAACAGUGGAUGAAUUCACACGGUAUUUGUCUGAACCUCAGAUCCAUUAUAAUUUAAAUCCCUGUAAUUGGUGGAAAGAAUAUGAAAAUAACUACCCGACAGUUGCUAAAUUGGCAAAAAAAAUAUUAGCUGUACCAGCAUCCUCAGCUUCUUCGGAGAGAGUGUUUUCGGCUGCUGGCAGUAUUGUAACGAAUAAACGAAACAGAUUAGACCCGGCUAAUGUUUCGGCUUUAGUGUUUUUAUACCAA